AUGAAGGGGCCAGGGGUCCUCCCCGGAGAUGAAAUCUUAUCUGGUCAGAGAACUUCCUCUGCGCACAACGCAGGGCUUCCAGAGCGGCAGGGCAGGAGCGACACCAGAGGAGAGGUGACAAGUCAGGAAAGCGGCCGGAGCAGGUCCUCCUGGGGACCGUUGAAGGACCGCGGGGCGCGCGCUGUGUGCGCGGGGGCGGGGAGUGGGUUCACCGGCUCCCAGACCAUGGUCCGCGCGUGCGAGGCCCGAGGAUGCGCCCCCAGACCCGCAGGCAGGAGAGGGGCGCGGUUGGGACCACUAGAGCUCGGCCACCGCGAGAAGACGCGCGUGCCCAUCGCCUGCUGGCCUCGGGGUAACCGAAAUGCGGACGCCUUGGGGGCGCGCGGCGCUCCGUCCCCCGCCGUGGGGGCCGGCGAUGCUCGCCGCCUGGCGCCCCCGGGGCGGAACCCCUUCGUGCACGAGCUCCGCUUCAGCGCCCUGCAGAAGGCCCAGAUUGCCCUCAUGACGCUGACCCUCUUCCCCAUUCGGCUCCUGUUCGCCGCCUUCAUGAUGCUGCUCGCGUGGCCCUUUGCCUUCGUGGCUUCGCUGGGAUCUGCCGAGAAGGAACCGGAGCAGCCCCUCGCCUUGUGGCGCAAGGUGGUGGACUUCCUGCUCAAGGCCAUCAUGCGGACCAUGUGGUUUGCCGGCGGCUUCCACCGAGUGGCCGUGAAGGGGCGGCAGGCGCUGCCCACUGAGGCCGCGAUCCUCACCCUGGCCCCACACUCCUCGUACUUCGAUGCCAUCCCCGUGACCAUGACCAUGUCGUCCAUCGUGAUGAAAGCAGAGAGUAGGGACAUCCCAGUAUGGGGAACCCUGAUCAAGUACAUCCGGCCGGUGUUUGUGUCCCGCUCGGACCAGAACUCUCGCAGGAAGACAGUGGAAGAGAUAAAGAGACGGGCACAGUCCAACGGGAGAUGGCCACAGAUAAUGAUUUUUCCAGAAGGCACUUGUACCAACAGGACCUGCUUAAUUACGUUCAAGCCUGGUGCCUUUAUCCCUGGCGUCCCUGUGCAGCCCGUGGUCUUGCGAUACCCGAACAAGCUGGACACGAUCACGUGGACCUGGCAAGGACCUGGAGCGUUGGAAAUCCUGUGGCUCACCCUGUGUCAGUUUCACAACCAAGUGGAGAUUGAGUUCCUCCCAGUGUACCACCCCUCGGAGGAGGAGAAGGAGAGCCCAGCGCUGUACGCCAGCAACGUGAGGAGGGUGAUGGCAGAGGCCCUGGGCGUCUCUGUCACUGAUUACACGUUCGAGGACUGCCAGCUGGCCUUGGCAGAAGGACAGCUCCGACUCCCCUCCGACACCUGCCUUCUGGAAUUUGCAAGGCUCGUGCGAGGCCUUGGGCUAAAGCCGGAGAAGCUGGAGAAGGACCUGGAGAAGUACUCGGAGCGCGCGAAGCUGAAGCGGGGUGAGAAGGUCGGCCUGUCUGAGUUCGCCGCGUACCUGGAGGUGCCCGUGUCCGACUCGCUGGAGGGCAUGUUCUCGCUCUUUGAUGAGAGCGGCGACGGCAAGAUGGACCUGCGGGAGUACGUGAUUGCUUUGUCUGUCGUCUGCAGGCCUUCGCAGACGCUGGCCACCAUCCAGCUGGCGUUUAAGAUGUACGCGUCGGCCGAGGACGGCCGUAUCGACGAGGACGACCUGUCCUGUAUCCUGAAGACAGCCCUGGGCGUGGCCGAGCUCCCCGUGACGGACCUUUUCAGAGCCAUCGACGAAGACGAGAGAGGACGGAUCUCCUUCGCUGACUUCACCAGGUUUACAGAUCUGUACCCUGACUUCGCCGAGGACUAUCUCUACCCCGACCAGGCACGGUUUGAGAGCUGCGCCCAGACCCCGUCAGCACCGACCCCGAAUGGCCUCUGUACUGACUUCAGCCCCGACGCCACUGACCCCGGGGGGAAGAGCCAAGUGUCUGGUGGGGUCAGUCACUCGGCUGGGCUCCCGGGACACCGAGCGUCCUACAAGCCUGGCUUCCAGGACACCGAAGUCCUGUGGCCAGGCUCCUGGGACACCGAGGUCCUGCGGCCGGGCUCCUGGGACACCAAGUUCCUGCAGCUGGGCUCCCGGGACACUGAGCAUCCUACAAGCCUGGCUCCCGGGACACCGAGCAUCCUACAGCCUGGCUCCCAGGACACCAAAGUCCUGUGGCCUGGCUCCCGGGACACCGAGGUCCUGCGGCCGGGCUCCCGGGACACCGAGGUCCUGCGGCCGGGCUCCCGGGACACCGAGGUCCUGCGGCCGGGCUCCCGGGACACCGAGGUCCUGCGGCCGGGCUCCCGGGACACCGAGGUCCUGCGGCCGGGCUGUGCACUUUUCUGA